CUCUUGUUGACUUGUUAACUAGAUACUAGCACACCAUGGUGGACCAGCUUACAUUUGCACAGGAUAACCGGGAGCGGAUCCACGCUGUGGAGAACUCAUUUGGGCCAUCGGGGAAGGCUCUGUACCAGCCAGGACGGGUUCUGAUCGGAGAGGGCCGGCUGAUGAAGCUUAGCCGCCGGGGAACACAGCCUAAAGUUUUCUUCCUCUUUAAUGAUGUGCUGGUGUACGGCAGCAUCAUUCUGAACGGCCGUUGGAACAAAAAACAGAAGAUCAUCCCACUAGAGGACAUCCAGCUGGAGGACUUGGAGGACAGCAUGACAAUGAGGAACCAAUGGUUGAUCCGCACACCACGCAAGUCCUUCUAUGUUGCAGCUGCCUCAUAUGAGGAGAAGCAAGCCUGGAUAGAGCACAUGGAGGACUGCCGAUCCAAACUGCUGCAGAGCAGGGAAUGCAGGGCCGGAUCCACCUUUGCUGUCACCUGGAUCCCUGACCACGCUUCUGCAGUCUGCAUGCGAUGCACCUGCAAGUUCAGUGUGACCCAGCGUCGACACCACUGCCGAAAAUGUGGCUUUGUGGUCUGCCGCACAUGCUCUAACAAGCGAGCAGUAAUCGGACACAUUCACCCGACUAAGUGCUUGAGGGUCUGCACCAUGUGUCACUCAAGUCUUGCAACGACAGACGCAGACACCAAAAUGUCUCGCGAGAGGGGAAGCAGCACAGAGAAGAUAGGCUCUGAUGAGGAUGAAGUGGAGGGGUGCAGUGAGGAAGAGGAGGUAGAAGAGCAGAUGGAGGACCAUGACCCCAGCAGGUGGAUGGACUCCUGGUCCCCGUAUGUCUACUUCAAACCAGAGCAUGUGAAGCCCCAAACAUGAGCACAUCAGAAACAACCUAUGGACCUUUCAUUAGCAAGCUAAAAGACAUUCUCACUCUGUCAUAAAUGUAAAAAGACAAUAUUUAUUAGAUAAAACAAUUUUGUACAUACUGUAUUUAUUGAUGUGAAUAUUUUAUAUUUUGUGCUGUGUGUGGGAACACUGUAACUGUGAAGUUAUCACUAGAUUUUCUCUGAUAAUGUUCUCAGAGGACUUUGAGUACAACACUUGAAAUAUGACUAAGUCUGCUUCACUACAUUUUUCAGUCAUGUGUGUGUACAUCAGUGACUUAACAUCUGCCUCCUUUGUCUGUAAUGGACUAUGAAAAUA